AGCUGGAUCCCUUUGUGAGAUCCAAAGGGUUCUGCGUGUAGUAGCAGAGCAGCCUUUCUAGAGGCGAACAGGGAUCCAGCAUGUGCUGGGAAAUGAAGUCAGCCCAAUUGAUCAGGGAUAUUAUACAUAAGCCUGAAGAGAACUGGAAACGAGCUCUAGGAUUUCCUGGCAGAAAAUGGAAUGUCUUACAGCACAGGUGUCCUGCUUCCUUUCUUCCUAUGGGUGGGACCUUGGAAGGGGAGGGAUUCUGAUUUCUGAACUGUUGCAAUGGGAAUGAUGAACUUGGAGUACCGAGCAAAAGCUGGGAAGAUUGUGUUUGCUCAGAGAAGAGCUGGCCUGACUUAGGAGAGUUUUAUUAUUCUUGUUUUUAUUUUAUUUACUCAUUUUUGUUUGUAUAGGAAAUAUACUCCAACAAUUCAGAAAUUAAGAGUUCAAAAAGGUAUAUGCAGCAAAACUUCUCCUUCCCCAACCAGCAGUCAGACACCAAUGUUGUCGGUUUGUUUUGUAUCCUUCAGAGUUGUCUUAUGCAUGGACAAGCAAAUUUAUAUGGAUAAAUUCUUUCCCUCAUAUUUGCACAGAUACACAUUAUUCUAGACCUUUCUUUUUUUAACUGAGCAGUCAUAGAGCUUGUUUCAUAUCAAGUACAUUAAAGAAAAAACUUUCUCAUUCAUGUUUAUGUUUGCAUAUUAUUUUAUGCUCUGACUAGGCCCUCAUUUAUUUAACCAGUUCUCUCUUGGGUGGACAUUUGUUUCCAAGUGUUUGCCCUUACAAAUAAUGCUAUUGUGAAUAAAUCUGUAAAUGUGUGAGGAUAUUGAAGUGGAAUUGAAGGGUCAAAGGGUACAACGCACUUGACAUUUUGACAGAUGUGGAGGUGGUAUUCCCACCUGCUAUGUGUCAGAGUGCCAGGACAGUAUUAAACUGAGCAAGAAGGAAGCAGGAGAGAAACAACUAAGUAAAAUUGUGAACAAGUUUAACAGGUAGGAUGGGGUGGGAAAGACUAUGAUUAUGGGAAGUGCCCAGUAGUUAGUUUCACAUAGAAAAGAACCAUAAAACAAACAAAAACUUUGAUGGUUGGCAAAGCAAGAGUAAUAAAGUUAGUUGAGAUUACAGAACAGGGAUUAGAACCUCAUAAAUGUCACCUGGACUUCAUGAUGUGGGACCCAAGAUUGAAAACACCGCUACAAAAGGCUCUGCCCUAUGGGAGAGAAAAGACCUAUUAAGAGAGGAGAGGGCUAGCCCUGGAAAUAAAGGAUUUUAAAAGUAAGUGGAAGUGCCAAGCCUGAGGCUGGACAUACUGGAAAACAGCACCUGCGCGUGGAUAGGGAGUUUAGAGGAGAGUGUUCCAGAAGAGCUGGGGUGUGGAUACAUGGUCACAUGGAGCGGAGGAGGAAAAUAGCUGCACUCCUGAUACAGAUCCCCAGACUGAUGGAGGCAGACAGAAGGCAGUAAUGAGAGGAAGCAGCAAUUUGGAUAGCUCUUAAAAAGCUCCUCCAGCUCAACACCUAGGUACUGAAAGGUUGGUUUUUGUGUUUGCCUUCCACCACCACCCCCCCCCGCCAUUUAUAGUUUCUGCCCUGAACGUAGAUAAAGAAACCAGGAAAACUGCCACUCUGGCUCUAAUGCUGAAGCAAAGCUAGAAACUAGUUUAUGAAGUGAAAGUGAUGGGUAUCUUGAGAGAGUGGCCAUUGUUAUUUUGAGAGUUCAUGACAGUGAGGGAGGGGAGAAUGCGGCAUAGACAGACAUGCACUGUGGACCUUGGAAAUCAUACCUUUGAAAGUUCAGAAAUAGAAGAGAUGACUCAAGGAUAUUGAACUACAUAAAAAUAUACUUAUUUCUGACUGUGUAACCUCACAAAUAAUAUACAAAUAAAAAGGAAAAGGUAGAGGUACCUUGAGAGGAACCAGUUUUCAAAGGGGCUGUACAAAAGGUAGGAAGGACAGAUAAAAGUGCACCUGCACGAACAGUAUCAGGAAGAUCAAACCCCACUGAAAGGGACAGUUCUGAGGACAAUAGGAAGAUUUUCCUUUAAAGUUAUGUUCUCAGUAAGAAGAUCAAAGAAAGAAUGGGCUUGGUACCACUGAUGCCUCUGACAGGUGCACAGAACUUAGGACAGCAGUCCCCAGGCUGCUUGUUUAUAAGUGAAUUUUAAAGAAUCAGAGAAAUCAAGUGAGUUGCUGAAAAACUGGAAGUAACCAUUUUCUUCUCCUCCUCCUCCUCCUCUUUUUUCAAAACGGCAAAGAAAGUUAGAAGGGUUCUAUAAAAUUCAGUCUAUUGAGUUUGAGGUCAACCCUAUGAUGGUUUGUGAGAAGACAAAGUGGGGAUCUGUGUCCAUUAAGAGUAAGUUACGUCUGAUUGGCCUCAUUGGUUUGGCCAGGAGUGCAUCUUGUAGUGGUAGGCUGGGUAAAUCCUCACUUCAGUGAGGCACUGCGAAAACAUUGCUUGGGAUAGUCUUGUGGAUGAGAUAGAGGAAUAUAGGGUGAAUGCUAAAAUAGGCAUAUUGGUACCCAAGUGAUAAUGAAUUAUACCUUAAGACUACCUCUAGGAAGAUUUUUUUUGUAGAGGGUCAUGUCCUCUGCCCUUAGUCCUCCUGCCUGGUGUGUAUUUUUAGUCCAUAAUUUGGCUGCUGAUAUAGAAGGCCUUCAAGUUGUGAUGACAGGAAGCCAAAGAAAAACUAAAUGGAUCAGUUGACAUUGGGAUUCAUGAAGACCUACACAGACUGGAGCGAUCCAUAAGUUGACAGGAAAACAGUAAAAGAGAGGCCAGAAGAACCUGAGUAGUGCAGAGCUGCGGAAGGUAAGGAGUAAAACGAGGGAGCCACUCAGCUUGAGGACAGAGGAUGCGUGUGUGGAUCUGACCGCGAGGAGGGUGCUGACCCUUUGUGUGGUGGGGACAGAGCUCGAGCUCAUCUGCCUGGAGAGUGGGGUUGGAGAUGAGGUGAUGAAAAUCAGGGUCAGCGGGUCUAGACCCCUCACUUGAGAGAGACAACAGUGAAGGGAACAGGAGAAGAGUGAGGGCCGUGACAUUCUUGAAACUUACAUGAGAGAGAAGAGCAGGUGUGAAGACGGGCAGGGCCAGUGACCAGGAGAGACUAAAGGUUCUGGAAGAGUGGCCAGUAAGGGAAGCACGCUGGAGGGUGCAGAGCCACUGGGCUUUUGUUGUCAGCGAUCAAUGUCACAUGGGCCUUAACUGUGUUGCACGACCUUGAGGUAUUUUCUGUUGCUCUCCCAGUUUCUCUCCAUCAUUUCUUAUGGAUCCAACACUUGGUGGCAAAAGGAGAAGCAGUGGGGAAAGUGAACUCACACUUAUCGAAGGCCUCUGUGUGCCAGGGCACCAUGUGAGGUGUUUACCAACGUCAGAUGAGCAGUCGGUUCUGAAUGUGAUCAGUGAGCUGCAGGAGCAGAUGUGUAGGCUGCAGCUGAACAUCCACAGGCAGAUUCAAGAGCGCCUCGCACUCAGUAGGGACCACCCUGAGGAGGUGGCAGCCGGCGACGGUGCGGCCCGGCCCCAGCCCUGCGGCCAGGAGUGUGCCCGUUGGGAGGGGUCACCUGAGUUACUGCAGGAGCUCCGGCACCUCAAAAUCAAGGUGGAAGAGUUGGAAAAUGAACGGAACCAGUAUGAAUGGAAACUGAAGGCCACCAAGGCUGAGGUAGCCCAGCUGCAAGAGCAGGUAGCCCUGAAGGAUGCAGAAAUUGAGCGCCUGCACAGUCAGCUCUCCCGGACUGCAGCUCUGCACAAUGACCAUGCAGAGAAAGACCAAGAAAUCCAGCGUCUGAAAAUGGGGAUGGAAACUUUGCUUGUUGCCAAUGAAGAUAAGGACCGUCGGAUAGAGGAGCUUACUGGGCUGUUAAACCAGUACCGAAGGGUGAAGGAGAUCGUGAUGGCGACUCAAGGGCCUUCAGAAAGAACUCUCUCAAUCAAUGAGGAAGAACUGGAGGGAGGUUUCAGAAACUGGAACACUGCAAAUAAAGGCCCUGAAGAACUUUUUAAACCAGAGGUAUCUCCAAGGGGUAGCUCUCCCACGGUGGGACCACCCCCGCUACCGCAGAAAUCACUGGAAACCAGGGCUCAGAAAAAACUCUCCUGUAGUCUCGAAGACUUGAGAAGUGAAUCCGUGGAUAAGUGCGUCGGUGGGAACCAGCUCUCCCCAGUGGUAGAACCCAAGGACGGCCCUUUCCUGGUGGAGCACAAGUACCCCACGUUACCUGGGAAGCUUUCAGGAGCCACGCCCAACGGAGAGGCUGCCAGAUCUUCUCCUACUGCCUCCCCACAAGACCCUGCAGGGAGCAGCCUGCUGAGGCUGAAUCGUGGCCGGAGUGUCAGUGCCCCCGUGCUAGGAGACACAGAAAGUGGUUGGGACGACACUGCUGUGCUCAGUGACCUCUCAUCCAUGUCAUCGGGCACCGAGUCCAGCCCCCAGUCUCCCGUGACACCAGACAGUAAACGGAGCCCCAAAGGCAUCAAGAAAUUCUGGGGAAAAAUCCGAAGGACUCAGUCAGGAAAUUUCAACACCGAUGCCCCAGGGGUGGCCGAGUUUCGACGAGGUGGACUCCGGGCAACUGCAGGGCCAAGACUCUCUAGGACCAGAGACCCCAAGGGUCAGAAAAGUGAUGCCAACGCCCCCUUCGCCCAGUGGAGCACAGAGCGUGUGUGUGCAUGGCUGGAGGACUUUGGCCUGGCUCAGUACGUGAUCUUUGCCAGGCAGUGGGUGACUUCUGGCCACACUUUACUGACAGCCACCCCUCAGGACAUGGAAAAGGAGCUGGGAAUUAAGCACCCUCUUCAUAGGAAAAAGCUGGUUUUAGCAGUGAAAGCCAUCAACACCAAGCAGGAGGAGAAGUCUGCACUACUAGACCACAUUUGGGUGACACGUUGGCUUGAUGAUAUUGGCUUACCCCAGUACAAAGACCAGUUUCAUGAAUCCAGAGUCGACGGGCGAAUGCUGCAGUACCUAACUGUGAAUGAUCUACUUUUCCUAAAAGUUACCAGCCAACUACAUCAUCUCAGCAUCAAAUGUGCCAUUCACGUGCUGCAUGUCAACAAGUUCAACCCUCACUGCCUGCACCGGCGGCCAGCUAAUGAGAGUAACCUUUCUCCUUCAGAAGUUGUGCAGUGGUCCAACCACAGGGUGAUGGAAUGGUUGCGGUCCGUGGACCUGGCGGAAUAUGCGCCCAACCUUCGUGGGAGUGGCGUCCACGGAGGUCUCAUUAUCCUGGAGCCACGCUUCACUGGGGACACGCUGGCCAUGCUUCUCAAUAUCCCACCACAAAAGACACUCCUCAGGCGCCAUCUGACCACCAAAUUCAAUGCCUUGAUUGGCCCUGAGGCUGAGCAGGAAAAGCGAGAGAAAAUGACUUCACCUGCUUACACGCCACUGACCACCACAGCCAAAGUCCGGCCGAGGAAACUGGGAUUUUCACAUUUUGGAAACAUAAGAAAAAAGAAGUUCGAUGAAUCGACAGACUACAUUUGCCCAAUGGAGACCAGCAACAGUGUCGGUGACAGUCACAGGGUCUGUAUUGGCUACCAGGGCCUCAGCCCCCUCGAUGCUCCUGAACUGGAUGGGCUGGACCAGGUGGGACAGAUUAGCUGAUGCCUUUGUCACCUGUACUGUCUGUGCGUCCUGAGAGCUCACGGUAACUCCGCGUGUGUCACCAUGUAACUGCACCUCACCCCCUGUGUAUGUGCAUGACUUGCAGAGAACAUUCCAGCCAUUGUGUACCCGUGGGCCAGUCUUUCUCCAAAUCCUGAGGGUGGCCAGGUAUGGAGCUGCAUCUUUGCUAAGGGGCCAGCCCUGGGGACUCAGGAGGAAAGACAUAAAGAUGCUUGUACGUUUUCAGUAAGUCUGAAUGUCCACCUUCAGCACCAGUGGCAAUACCUGAGCUUGGACGCAGGUCCGGAGACCACGGACAAUCCCGAGAGGCUCAGCUCUCAGGCCCCUCAGCUGUGCCCCUGUUGAGGGAAAUCCCAAGUGCCUUAGGCCUGUGACCACAGUUUUGGCUGAGGCUGCAGGGACAGCAGCAGGAACUUCUGCCCCGGUGACAGUGGAACUGUUGUGCCUUCCUUCAGAGGCGGUCGCUUCUUUCUGGUAAUAAAACCCAUAUUUAUGUAGAAAACGAACUGCACAGCAUAUCUUUAAUCUUGUCAAGGGAAGUGAGCUGGGCGCAUCUAGAGAUGGAGUGCUGCUCGUCGUGCAGUUCGAGAGCCAACGCUGCUGAGCUGGGUCAGGAUUUGUGUGUGUCCCGGGUGAGGGGGCUGGAGCAAAGAGGGACCCCCAUCCUUUGGAGGUCUGUGGCGUCGCGUCAGGCUCCACUGCCCGGUGUGAAGCUGAGAGGCACUUUGUGUCUCACAUCCUGACUGGAGGUCACAUCUGUCGUGCAGACCCCGAAGUUGGUUUCCAUUCCAGCGGGCUGGGCCACCUAGUGAAGGGGGCGUGGGGAGACCAGGUGGCCUUGCUGGAAAGGCCCUCUGUUCUUUCAUGUGUUUUUUCAUGUGUUGUGCCAGCUCCGCUGUGACUGACCGUGCUGGGCCUGUAACCCCGUGGGGGCUGGUCUGUGUUGGCGGAGCUGGAACAGACCUGUCCUCCUGAUUUAGAGGCUGACUAACUGAUAAUGGGUCUUCCAGACGGACCUGGCCUGGCCAAGGACAGGGGGAGGGACAC